GACAGUUUCGACUUUGUUCAGAUAAUCUCUCUCUCACACACACACACAGAGGAAGUGUCGACUUUGUUCGGAUUUUCUAUCUCUUCGGAUAAUCUCUCUCUUGCCUGAGAGGCUUUGCUGUUUUCUCUCUCCCUCCCUCCCUCUCUUUCUCUCUCAAUGUUGUGAGCAACCGUAUUGGAAACCGUUGCUUUCAUUUGGUUCCCACCACGGCCUACAGUCUCCAACCCCCGCCUCUCUCUCUCUCUCUCUCUCUCUAAGACACACUCUCUCUCUCUCUCAAGCAAUUCCUUCAUUCGAGUCUAUAUAGAAACAGUAACAGUGCUCUCAAGUAACCCCCCUUCCUUCACUCUCUCUAUCUAUAUAUCUGUAACUCUUCAUCCUUCUCUUUAGACGGGAACGGUACUUUCAUGGUUCAACUGAUAAUGUAUGAUGAUGCCCAAAAAUCAUCCGUUAAUGGAAGAAGAAAAUAUCUUCAAAUGCCCUCCUCUCUCCUUCAAAAUGGAUCACAGGUGCCGUCUUGCCUUAUCCCUCAAGUCCUCUGUAUCUCAAAAGCUCCGCCAAUUCCUUGGAAAUUACUCAGACGACGUCCUAGCGGAGUACAUCGUUGUGCUUGUGUGUAAUGGGAAGAAUCAGAAUCAAGCACAGGAGGAUUUGGAGGCAUUCCUUGGUGAAGAAAGUGGAGCGUUUGUUGAAUGGAUGUGGAGUCAUCUUUCCAAAACCAUUGAAUUCCCAGAGGUGCCUAUUAGCUCUGAAUGUGUUCAGGGUGAUACUGUGAGUGCUAAAGGAGAUAGUAGUGCCAAUAAGCAUAGUAAUGGUGGGCAAACUAAGUCCCAUGGUGGUAACAACAAACUAUUGGAUUCCUAUCCCGAGCUUAUUUCUUCAAAUAUAAGGGAAGACAGUAUUGAGGGAAAACGUGGAAAGACUAAUAACUGUGAAAAUUUUGAUUACAAUUUGGUAGAAAAUAAUUGGAAUGAAGAUGUGAAGACCGAUCCAAGACCAGUGAGGUCUUCUUCCAAGUAUAGUGCAAGUCCUGACCGUUGCCUGCAAUAUGAGGAUCAUUUCAAGAAGUCAUUACAGAAGGAUCAAGCCAGGAAGAAUUUGGAGUCUGCUGUUGGAGGAAAUCAUUGUGCCAAAGCAACAAGGUUGCCUGUGAGAUCCUCCAAUUCUUCUGUACCUAACCCGAGUCCCAGACCAAGGGGAAAUGUAUGGGAUAGAUUAGGAAAGCCAGUCAAUGAGGCAAGUGCGCUAAAUGGUGAGAUCACUACACGUUUUAUCGAUAUGGUUAAAAGAACAGCAGGCCAUGAUGAGAAUAAGGCAAUGUUGGCCACGUCUGUUGGUAGUAAAAGAUCGUUGGGAGAAGUUACUGUUCUUGAUGACAACCAUUGUGAGAAGGCCAUCUCUAGUUGUGGUACUAUGGCAGUAGAUGCUUGUGAUGAUAUAGGAUUGCUCAGGAAAAGGAGGCGCGUUGAUGAGAUUAGUAGUGCCAAUGACCUCGAGUCAUUGGCUAGAGGCAAGUGUAUUGUGGGUCAAGGAAGAGAAAGUACAGAGAUAAAAAGAUUACAAUUCAAUAAUACAGAAGCUUAUGAAUUCAAAAAUAAGGAGGGGCUGUCCUUGGGGUUGGCCAAUCUCUCAGGGCAACAGGCCCAUCCAGAGGCUUCCAAAAUUCGCCGAGCUAGAUUGAAUGGUAAGGUGGUGGCAUCUGCUCUCCAAGGAAAAUCAGAAGUUAGAGAGGUAAAAGGAUUGCAAUGCAAUGACAUGAUAGCUUAUGAAUCUAGAAACAAGGAGGGGGUAUCUUCAAGGGUGGCCGAUUUCUCUGUUCAAAAGUCCCAUCCAGAGGUUUGCAAAUUUCUUCAAGCUCAGUGUGGGAAGGUUGCAGUUCCUGCUCUCCAAGGAGAAUCAGAAGAAGUUAGAGACAUUAAAGGAUUACAAUGCAAUAACAUUGUAUGCAAUGAAUCUAGAAAAGAGGAUGGGGUAUCUAUGGGGGUGUCGGAUUCCUCAGUCGGACGGGCUGAUCCAGACGUUUGCAAAUCUCGUCAAGCUCUUUGGAGUGGGAAGGUUGCUGUUUCUGCUCACCAAGGAAAAUCUGAAGCCCUCAUUCUUUCUGUAAAUGGGGAUCCCAGUCAUAAACCCAUCCAAGCUGAGGUUAUGGAUGUGAAAUUGAGGUUACGCCAGAUUGAGUUAGAGAUGUCCAAGCUUCGGGCGAAGCAGGCGGGCAUUACCAAUGAUGUUAAACCAACUGUAGUUGCUUCCGGUGCACGAAAUAUUCUGAUUCACUCUGAGGAAGAUAUCGAUUCGAGGACUGUUUUUAUUACAAAUGUACAUUUUGCUGCCACAAAAGAAGCAUUAUCAUUACAUUUUUCAACAUGUGGGAUGGUGUCUAAAGUUGUGUUAUUGACUGACGUAAUGACUGGCCAACCUAAAGGAUCGGCAUAUGUUGUUUUUAUGAGCAAGGAAGCAGCUGACAAGGCUCUGGCCAUGAAUGGGACAUCAGUCUACUCCAGGACACUCAAGAUUGUAAGGAAGAAAGAGGCAGUUGUGAGUGUUUCCACGCCACCUUUGCUUCUGCAGCUGCCUGGAAAGCCUUCUCAGCCUCAAACUCUGUCACGACCACAGAAGAAACCCACCCCUACAAAGCCAUAUUCAACUAACCAUUUGCAGUGGAGACGUGAUACUUUGACAAGUUGUGAAAAUGACCCAAAUUCUUGUGAACCAUCUCGUGUCAAAGGUGGUGAUGGGUUUCAAAGCUCCGGUGUUUUGGAUGAUGGUGCCGCUCUUUAUUUGGAGUACCACAAGGUUGUGCAUUCAAACACUGAUGUGAGAGCUAACUCAGAAACUUCAAAGGAAAGUCCAAUGCAUGCUUGAAUUCUUAAGCUUGUGGAGCCUCUGGUUAAAUGAAGGUUAGAAAGUGAUAACCACUGUUUUACGUGUCAAUGUUUUUGGGUUACAGGAUCAUCCUCGUUUCUCAGUCCGUCUUGGUCGCUCUCCUUCCUCUCCCCGUCUCUCUUGUUUGUUUCGGGUCGAUGUUUGAAUACUCCUUUUUGGGACGUGUCGCCCGCCCCUUCUUACUGUGAUUUGGGUCCUCUCUCUCUCUCUCUCUUGCUCUAGUGUGUCUCAGUCUAGUCUGUGGGUUUAUGUUGGGUCACUGGGGUCCCCUUCUUUAUUGGGAUGUCCCGCUUUAUUACUCCGUUUCUCUCUCUCCCUCUGGUUCACAUGGAAGGGUUUCAUAUUCUGUCGUGUAUCUCAUGUGAAGGAUACUUAAAGGGUUUCCAAAUUCAACUUUUUAUGAAAAGGAGAAAAAAAAAGAGAAGCCAGUAUUCUUUA